GCUACUGGGUCCUGGGGCAGCCGUUAUCUCUGGCUCCCUUGAAUGAAUGUGAGAGUGAAAGAGAGCAGGUGUCUGAGAGAGAGGCUGUGGCAGCGAAAGUCGUUUAGAGAGAGAUUGGGCGCGAUUGUGAGAGAGAAAGAGAGAGAGAUUGAGUAGAGUGUAGAGGAAGGAUAUCGAAGCGAUUUGAAGAGGGGAUUUGUUUGGGAUAGGGAGGGGGGAGGUGGUUGGGAUUGGUUUUCGUUUCUGUGAGUUUUUAGAUUUUGUUUUUCUGAUAGCGUUAGAUUUCGUUAGAUUGUAGUUAGAUUGAGUUAGGUUUCUUGGGUUUCAAAGUAUUCGUUGGAGAGGGAGGUAUUGGGAUGGGGUUGGGGUUUGUCUGUUUUAGUUUGGGGAGUUUUGUUUUUUGUUGUUCUUUUUGAGUUAGUUAGGUGUUAGUGUUGCGUUAGUGUUGGAAAUUUUUAUCGUCGAGGAACAGCGAUCCUGCUGAUUAUGUUGCGCAGGAUCCGAAGCUUCUUUUCCAGGAGGAGCAGUCGGGUGGCCCCCCUGGAUGCCCCAGCGGAGCCCACAGCCUCCAAGCCAGCUGCCCGCCCCUGUUGGUGGUGCAUCUGUGGGAGGAAGAACCAGGUGGCCCCUGCUCCCACCGUGCUGCCUCCCUCGCUGCCGCCAGUUGGGGAGAGCAGCGAGCCCGGGCCGUCAGCGCCCCCCGUGCAGGAUGCUGGAGCUUCCACCCCCUGCCAUCUCAUUCACGCCAGGCUGCAGAGGGUACAUCAAGCCAGAACGCUGAAAGAAGGAGGAGGAGGGAAGGAGCGGAGGGGCAGGAUCACUUUCCUGAUGGCCCUGAUCCAGGCCUGCCAGGAAGCCAUAAGGAGGGGGGAGCAGCGCCUUCCGUUUUCGAAAGGGCUGGCCGCCCAGGCCGUGCUGGAGGAGAUGGCCUACAUCUGGGACGACCCCGUGCCCCACCACCUCUUCUCCCUCUGCACAGAGGCCAUUGCCUCCUUAAGUGGAAUGAAGCCCUGCUUGGGAGCAAAAACAGAACAAAAGCUCAUCUCAGAGUCAAUCUUCUGGAUGAGCCACAUGAUUGGAGGAGAGCCGGAGGAAGACCGAGAAAGCCCGUUUCUGCCCCCGGAGAGGUCCAUGAGGAGGAUGCUGCAAGCAAUGCUCGCUGAAAAGCCCACUCUGACCCACCUCAUCAGGAUUGCUAAAGCCAUUGAUGCUGAGAUGUUCAGCGAGGAUGAGGAGGAGGCAGCCAUGGCAGAGAACGUUGGCUUCUUACUGCUCAACAUGGCCAUUGGGCCCCCUUUCUACUUUGAGGCAGAGCAGAUCAAGCCACUCCUGCCACUGGGCAUUCGCAGGGUGGGCCGAACAACAUCCAGGGACAAGGGCGAUGGGAGCCAUUCCUCCGAUGAAGGGGACACAGCACUGCAAGAAGCGGGUUGCCCAACUCCGCCAAGAAGAGGCAGAGCAGCUCAAGCGGGAGAGAAAGUAGCGAGAGGUAGAGCGCCCUCUGGAGGAGGAGCAGCGCCUUCACCCAAAGCAGCAUUGACAGGAGCAAGAGAUGCUUCCGCCUCAACAGCAACAGCCAGCCGAGCUCCCCUGAGAGGGCUCCACUGUCUUCCCCCCAGGAGAGGAUCCCCGUGUGGUUCUCGCCACCUUGGAAUGGGCUGAGCAGAACCAGGAUCUCCAGGAAGGCAAGUCCAUGAGUGGGGUACCCAGUGUGGUUGUCCAUGGGGAUCUGGCCAAGGGUUGUAGUCAUGUGUCAGAAGGAGGGGAUGUUACCGGAAGCCUGGCUGCUUUGACAUGAAAAAAAAACUGAAUAAUAUCAUGACCUUGGAUGAAGGUUUAUGGACAGAGGGACAGGAAAUGUCUUGUGGGCAGCUGAAAUUGCUGGUCAAUGGAUGUUUCUCAAAGGGGAGUCUCUGCUCAACUUCCCCAAAUGUCAAGGGGAGAAGGAAAAAGAAGAGGAAUCACAGGAACCUGGACAUAGGCUGACCUGGUGGCUUUAUGCAACAGAUGACCAUGUGGUUCAGUGGUCACAGACUAUGGGGACUUUGGGCUCCAAGUGGCAAAGGUGGUCCUGGACGCUGCAAGAGUCACAGAUGCGGGUCCAGCAUGUGCCUGGCAAAGAAAACACCCUCAAGGAGUUUUCUCUGUCUGGAGAGGGGGAAUCUCAGCCUGGAAGGAUGGCCUGGACGUGGCCCACAAGUACCCUCAGAAGACAAGCGCUGAAAUCCUGGAAGGGCCAGGCAGUAUUGAGCCCCAGACCUCUGCCGAGAGCAGGACAAGAGACUGCCCAUCCAGCAAGCCAGACGCCGAGAAGAGAGAGAAUCCAGAGAACUCUGUGUAGGGACCAGUGUAGGGUGUUAGGGUAGUAGGUGCGUUUCUUUCCAACCUUUUAUUUUCCCUGGUAUGUUCUUUUGGUAGGUUUGUUUUGAGUUUUCAUUUUUGCUGCAAAGUAAUGCUUUAAUUGAACUGGUUUUUUUAAAAAAUAAACUUUCUUAUUCUAUCCAGA